AUGAUAAUACGAAGAAGGAUACAUAGUUAUCAAUUACCUCGAAUACACAAAAUUAAUCGAUCAAACACCUCCGAACAACAUGAUUCAAUAAAAAUUAGUAAAAGUUCUUCCAUCUAACUCAAUAAAAGAUCACUAUUGCUGUUGUCAUUUUUUAAGGACCCUAAAUAUGGAGAUCUCACUUCUCUAUUAAAUAUUCCCGUAAAUUACCAUGAUUAAGUAGGAUGAUGCAGAGUCAACUGAUAUUCGGGUUAACAUUCAAUCAGAGAUUUUGGCCAUAAUUCUAAGUUAUUUAAUCAAACAUGAUUUAACUGUUUCCUUGCGCUACAGUUACAAGUUUAGAUAUAUUAGAACGAUUACUACACAUCACUAAAUGUGGAUGAAAUGCAUUCAGCAAAACGAAGAACCAUGUUAGAAAUUAUAAUAAGUUUAGUUCUCUUUAGAUUAAAUUACAUCCAAUAUAAUACAAAAGUAUGUUUAUACCAAUCAUUUUAUAGCCACAUCGACACUACGGUACUUAGAAUUCAGUUACUUGAGUAUCUUAGAUUGAAAUAGAAUCAACAAACCUUUCCAAUAUACUCCAAAAUAAUUAUCAACAAAAUACUAUCUCUUUUACUAACUCCUAAUUUAAAUAGCUAUCACAUACCAACCAAUUUUGAAUCUUAUACACUUGUCUUAGAUAUGGAUGAAACCUUAAUUUAUUAUGAUGGUGACAAGGUUCAUCAGCGUCCAUUCUUAUUAACUUUUUUAAAAUAAAUGAGUAGGUUAUACUAACUGAUUUUGUUCACUGCAGGGUUAGAAUCAUAUGCUAAUAGAAUCUUAAGUCAGCUUACUAUUAAAAAAUACUUUACUCAUCUUCUUUUUAGAUAGCAUACUAAUAUUUAUUAAGAUUUCUAUGGUAAAGAUCUCAGGAAAUUAGGAAGACUCUUAUCAAGAACAAUUAUUAUUGAUAAUACUCCUGAAUGUUUUAGUUUGCAACCAGAAAAUGGAAUACAAAUUUAGACUUGGAAAGGUGAACAAUCAGAUUCAAUACUCUUAAACUUAAUUCCCAUCUUGAAAACAUUGAGAUUUAGUAACAAAGAUGUCAGAAUGAAAUUAAGAGAAUAUAAAAAUUGUCCUGGCUUGAUAUUCCCAAAAUGA